AUGACUUUGCGCUUGGGAGGAAACCUGGCAUCAGUGCACAGCCUUCCCCAGUAUCGUUUCCUUCAGUCUGUCAUCAGGAAGAGUACCAGGAAAGUUCAGCGCACCUGGAUAGGAGCCAACGAUGCCAUCAAGGAGGGUCUCUGGCUGUGGAGCGACGGGUCCAGGUUUAACUACCAGAACUGGGGCCCGGGUCAACCCUCUAACUAUAACCAUGGUGUUAUUAAGGACAACACGAACGGUCGGGAGCAUUGCAUGGAGAUGAACUAUGGAGCUUCUCGCUGCCAGAACGAUGCCCCUUGCUGGUUUACAUUUCCCUUCCUGUGUUCCAGAAAGUUGUGAUGUCCACAUUUUGGGAGAGACGACAUUGGAGAAGCUCUCUAAAGAUGAGAUUGUUUUAAAUAAAGACACCAUCUGCAAUGUUACCCUUCGUUCAGUGGUCAUUUAUACAAAACACCAGCUGGAUCCAACUAUUAAACUCUGUAGUGUGAAGUAAAUAACAUCUUUGGUAAAAUAAACUUUAAACAGUUGCUUCUCA